AUGGAUCGUAGAGGCGCCCCAUCGAGCACGACCGCUACUAAUAUUGCAGGAUCGAAGGAUAUCCAAAAGCUUUUCCUUCAUAUGAUCUCUUCUCAACUUAACCAAAAAGCACAAAUCAAAGGCAAAUCAAUCGCGAAACAAAUGAACCAAUCUAAGCAAUAUACACUCGCUGCAAGAUUUGUUGGCAAUUUCUUAUUUGAAAAUGGAAUGAUGAAAACUCUUCAAACCGCAAAUGUUGAAACCGGCGGAUUAAUCAAAACAAAUCAAUUACCAACACCAAUUGCUCGUGAUUUCAGGUUUAAUUCAGAGAAAAACUUCUUUAAGACUCUCGUUUCUAAAACACGUCCACGUUUAGAGCCACCAACACCACUUCCAGACAAUUCUACUGCUUUUGUCGAAUCAGUUGCCGAAUCCUAUUCCGCAGCUCCAGUUCGCCAUCGCGGUAUUGAGAAAUCCGAAGAUCGCUCUCAUCGCCAUCAUCAUCAUCGCGAGCCAGAGCCAGAGCGUCAUCACCACCACUCUCGCCCAGUUACACGCGAUAUCCCGAAGAAGUCCACCCAUCAUCGUACCCACCAUCGCGAACCAGAACCAGUAUCUUACACAGAAACAUACGAAACAGCUCCACGCCGCCAUCAUCAUCACUCAUCAGGCCACCAUCAUCAGCACCAUCGCCAGCCAACAUACUCAGAGUCCUAUGUUUCCACAGAAACAUACGGAGCCGUUAAAUCUCGCGGAAUCGGCAAGAAGGCUCCAAAGAAAGUCCAGCAGCCAACUGGAAAACUCACAUUCAAGGAGCGCGUAGCACGUCUUCUCAUGAAGAACAAUCUUGCAGUCGAAGUUUCUCUCAAUUACGAAUAUCUCGGCGAUCCAAAUGCAUCUACAGCCUACUAUCCAGCAGAGCCAGUUGGUUCUUACAUGCCACCAGCUGAAAAGAGUACUACAAAUAACUCAGAGGAAUACUACGAAGAAGAUGGCUCCGAAUACUAUUAUUCCAAGUCAGCCAAGUCCGCUUCUACAAAGAAGUCAACACCAGCACAGUCUACAACACAACCAACAACUACAACAACAACCACUACAAAGGCCGAACCAGAAGAAGAAGAGGAUCAUGAGGAAGAAGACGAGGAAGAGGAUGAGGAGGAAGAUGAGGAAGAAGAGGAAGAAGACGCAGGUGAAGAGGAAGAAGGCGUAGAAGAGUAA